AUGUCGUUGCCAUCGACGAGCAUAACCAGACACCAGCUAGUCACAGCUCUUGGCUCGAAGGCCCCCACAUACUGGGAAAUUUUAAAAGAAUACUUGGCCGCGCGAAUAUCGCGCACAGAAUUUGAUGAGCAGAUCAAGGACCUCUUGGAUACCACACAUCUCGUUCAACUACAUAACUCCUUAAUUGUAUCGUUGUUUGAUACCUCAGCACAUCUUGCACCUCCGACUCCACCUCCAGACGUUCCUAAGCCACCACCCCGCAAACGCCGCCGCACGCUACCAUACCAGGGAUCUGACAGUACAGACACGAUCACACUUAGAUCAAAUCGGUUGAAGAAAUGGACUGUGAGUCUGGGGAGGCGGGAGCGAGACCGGGUGAGACAUCUCGAGUCUUGCGCUGGGCCGUUGGACGCACCCUCCCAAUACAGGGACGAGAUCGCCGCCGAGCGAGGGAUGCAAGUUCUUUCUGAACGAGGAGAUCCACCCGGAACUCGACUACCUCUGCAUCUUGCGUCAGUGUCACGCGGCUUUACUUUACAACAUAUUUCGGACCGCAUUACACUGAUCUCAGCGCAGCAUAACCUUAGCGCACCUUCAAAGGUCGUAUCUUCUUUAAUGAUGCUAGCGUUCGAGGCGAAGUUGAAGCAGCUUAUUAGCCAAGCGCUAGCACUCACGUCCACCUCACAUGCAAUUACCUCUAUCCGUACAUCGUCACGAACGAGCAACAACUACAUUCUUUCCGCAUCCUCAUUUGAUGCCCUGUUCACCUUAUCUCCCGCGGUGCUUCCGAACAAGUCGGCGGCAGCUAUGCGGAUGGCUCUGGGCGACAACGACACGUACGAAGAUGACAUCCCGUUGAAGGAUCGUGAUAUGAAUGACCGUCGAUGGCAGCUGCUUGCGCUGUUGAGCGAGCGCAGUGCGGUCAAGGAGACGCUACGGACAUUGGCGUGA